UUUGGAUAAAAGCGUCUGCUAAAUGACUAAAUGUAAAUGUUUUCAGAUUUAAACUCUAAAUAUCACAAUUGAAUCCUAAUACAGUCUAUAAAUGUUCCCCACCAGAUACAUAUUGUACAGCAUGUCUUGUCACAUUUUUCUUUCUUACAAAAACACAUUUUUCCUUUUAGUUGAAAACCAGCAACAAUGUGAGUGUCACGUAUCUAACAACAACGAGGGAUAUUUUGCCCUUCGUUUGAAUAUUUCGAGCCCGGACGUGAAUUUCACAUCUAUUCAGAACGUGGUUUCAGAGUGGAGCUCUCCCUGCAACGAAUCCAGCAUAUUAGGGUCUCAAUGUAAUCCUGUUGCAUCCCAGUUUUAUCAGGGAAUGCACCUGGAAUGUUUUGGUGAAGGAGCAAGGCUCUACACCUGCAUGUUAACUGUACAGCUAUCACAACAUGUAGAUGUGUGUACUGUUAGCGCCGCCGUGGCUUUUCUUUGGAAGGACAGCACCAGCAUCAUUUUUGAUGGGCCUGUUCAUAAAACAGCUAUAUGUCGAUUGCCCACUGAUUCUGUAAACAUAUCUUUAAACUCUACAUUUACCUGGACCUAUGUAAAUAUGAGUGCCAGCCAGAUUAAUGAAGUCAAAAACCAGCUGAAAUGUAAACAGGGUCAGACGUUUGCUGUUCUUUUGAAUGAAAGCUGUGAGAUCUCUAAACCUACUCCACCUCCCAGCACAACCACAGGGAGCAAAGCAACAUCCAUAAAUAUCACAUCUCCAUCCAUAACUACAACACCCAGCAUUGAGGACACACAGCAUACUUCUGUUACAUCACUGAACACAACAGUCUCAGUAUCCAAUAUCAGCUUCACAUCCAUUAACAGUACAAACACUCAGACAAACACAUUGUCGCUCAAUACAACAGACCUGCCACUCAUUCCGUCAGUCACACUGCCCACGACAAUAGCCACACAUAGAAAUACACCAGGUGCACUGGAAAAUGCAACUCUAACACCAGUCAAUAUAUCAGUCCCACUGGUGAUUACAGUCACACCACCUGACACAACUGCACCAACUUUAAAUACAAAAGAAACACAGUUUAAUACAACCGGCAGAGCACUCAAUACAACUAUCACAACACUUAAUACAACAAAUACAACAUUCAAUGCAAACGAAACACUAUUACCUACAACAGUCACACCACUCAAUACAACUAUAACAACACUCACUACAACUAUCACAACUUCAAAUUCUAAAGAAAUGGCGUUAAAUACAACAGUCAUAACACUCAAUGCAACAGUCACACCAACCACUACAACUAUCACAACACUCAAUACAACAGUCACAAGACUCAAUACAACAGACACAACACUUAAUCCAACAGACACACUGUUAAAUACAACAGUCACAACCCUCAAUACAACUAUCACAACACUAAAUACAACAGUCACACCAACCACUACAACUAUCACAACACUCAAUGCAACAGUCACACCAACCACUACAACUAUCACAACACUCAAUGCAACAGUCACACCAACCACUACAACUAUCACAACACUCAAUACAACAGUCACAACACUCAAUACAACAGACACACUGUUAAACACAACAGUCACAACCCUCAAUACAACUAUCACAACACUAAAUACAACAGUCACACCAACCACUACAACUAUCACAACACUUAAUACAACAGACACACUGUUAAACACAACAGUGAGACCAAUCAAUGCAACUAUCACAACACUCAAUACAACAGUCACACCAACCACUACAACUGUCACAACACUCAAUGCAACAGUCACAACACUCAAUACAACUAUCACAACACUCAAUGCAACAGUCACAACACUCAAUACAACAGACAUAACACUUAAUCCAACAGACACACUGUUAAAUACAACAGUCACAUCCCUCAAUACAACUAUCACAACACUCAAUACAACAGUCACACCAACCACUACAACUAUCACAACACUCAAUACAACGGUCACACCAACCACUACAACUAUCACAACACUCAAUGCAACAGUCCCCACACUCAAUACAAGAGACACAACACUUAAUCCAACAGACACACUGUUGAAUACAACAGUCAGACCGACCAAUGCAACUGUCACAACACCCGAUGCAACUGUCACAACACCUAAUGCAACAGUCACAACACUCAACUCAACAGUCACACCAACCACUACAACUACCACAACACUUGAUGCAACAGUCAGACCAACCGAUGCAACUAUCACAGCACUAAAUGUAACAGUCACAACACUAAAUGCAACAGACACAACACUCAAUGCAACAAACACAACACUAAAUGAAACAGUCACAACACUUAAUGCAACAGCCAUAACACUCAAUACAACAGACACAACAGUCAAGGCAACAUUCAGACCAACAUAUACAACUAUCACAUCACCCAAUGCAACAGUCACACCAACCAACGCAACAUUCACAACACUCAAUACAACAAUUACAACACUCAAUGCAACAGACACAAUUUUAAAUACAACAUCUGCCCCUCCACACAGUACAACUGUCACAACACUCAAUACAACAAUUACAACACACAAUGCAACAGACACACUUCUAAAUAUAACAGUCACACCAACCAAUACAACUAUCACAACACUCAAUGCAACAGUUACACCAACCAAUACAACUAUCACAACACUCAAUGCAACAGUUACACCAACCAAUACAACUAUCACAACACUCAAUGCAGUAGACACACUCUUAAAUACAACAUCCAUCCCUCCACUCAAUACAACGGCCACAACACUCAAGACAACAGUUACAACACUCAAUGCAACAGUUGCACCCACCAAUACAACUAUCACAACACUUAAUGCAACAGUCGCACCAACCAAUGCAACAGUCACAACAAUCAAUGCAAUAAACACAAUGUUGAGUACAACAGUCACACCAACCAAUACAACUGUAGUCACACUGUUAAAUACGACUGUCAUACCAACCACUGCAACUAUCACAACACUCAAUACAACAGACGCACUAUUAAAUACAACAUCCAUCCCCCCACUCAGUUCAACAGUCACAACACUUAAUACAACAAUUACAAUACACAAUGCAACAGACACACUUCUAAAUACAACAGUCACACCAACCAAUGCAAAUACCACAACACUGAUUACAACACUCAAUGCAAUAGACACACUCUUAAAUACAACAUCCAUACCUCCACUCAGUUCAACUAUCACAACACUUAAUACAACAGUCACACCACUCAAUGCAACAAACACAAUGUUAAGUACAACAGUCACACCAACCAAUACAACAGUUACAACACUCAAUGCAACAGUUACACCAACCAAUACAACAGUUACAACACUCAAUGCAACAAACACAACGUUAAGUACAACAGUCACAAAAAACAAUACAACAGUAGUCACACUGUUAAAUACAACAGUAAUACCAAACACUGCAAUUAUCACAACAUUCAAUAAAACAGACGCACUGUUAAAUACAACAUCCAUCCCCCCACUUAGUUCAACUAUCACAACACUCAAUACAACAAUUACAACACACAAUGCACCUAACACACUGUUUAAUACAACACUCACACCAACCAAUGCAACUAGCACAACACUAAAUCCAACAGACGCACUGUUAAAUACAACAUUCACCCCUCCACUCUCAACUCUUACAACACUCACAACAACGAUUACAAUAAGCAAUGCACCAGACGCACUGUUAAAUACAACAUCCAUCCCUCAACUCAAUCCAACAAGUAUGCUGACCCGUUCAACAGUCCCACUACCUCAUGAAGUGACAACAUCAAUGCCACUCAAUACAACAACACAAAAGGAUGAAACAUUCACAUCUUUUACAAUUACCGAUAGAUCAUUCAAUAUCACAGUCACUGGUACACCAUUACCACUAUUUAACACAACACUUUACAAUAGACAAUACAACACAACCACUCCACUUCAAAAUGCAACAACCGUUGAUACCAUAACCGUCUCAGAUAAUACAACACAAGCCAACACAACAGCCUCACCAAUCAAUGAAGGAGAAUCACAAUCAACACGAUCUUUUCAGAAUACAACCGAAUUCAGUACAAUGUUUCCAGUUAGCACAACUCAAUCUCUGGAUAGUUCUACAUUUGACACAAUAGAUGCUAAAAAUAGUACCACUGAGUUCACAACAACAGAUACACACAAAUUCAACACCACAUUGCAUAUGUUUAAUUUCACAACUUUCAAUACAACAACAUCUUAUUCCAAUACACCAACCCCUCAGCUUAACACAACACAAAUGAGUACAACACACCUUCCAGUGAACACAACCCUGUUUACCAAUGGAACUAAUAUUGACCGUAGUAUCAACACGACCUCCAACAACACAUCAGAAUUUAAUACAACAUCACACCCUGCAGUUAAUACAACACAGUUUAACACCAGCCAGUCGAACACAACAGAGAUAUACACAACCACCUUACCAACAGCAAGAAACACUUCCAGUGCACCAACUGACUACAUAUCAGACAAUAGUACAACAGCAAGUAACCACAACGCAACACAAUUAAACACCACAACAGAAAAAGCUGAAGAUAAAGUCAACACAACCACAACAAUACACCCCAUCAUCACUGCACAUAACACAACAGCAGAUUCUGCCGCUGUUACCAAUGACAGUAAAACUCACACAACUGCUGUUCCAGCGACACCUCACAACAGCUCCAACUCCUCAAUAACAGUUUCACCUGUCCAUCACAUUACACAAACAACCAGCAGAGGAAAUACAACAGCAAACAACACAAAGCCUGUGCCAGCCACUGUUGCCAUGGCAACAACUUCAGUAUAUCUAACAACUGAAAGUCCGGGCGCACUGGCUGCAGAUCUUCUGAAUCAAACAAAAGAUGUGUCAUCUUUAAACUCGACUCAGGUGGACAAUUUGGUCAACCAGCUUGAGAAUCUGCUCUCUGCACCCAAUAUUAGUCUAGACGUGGGCCGGGCGAUGCUGUCUGUCAUCAACAACCUGCUUAACGGCUCUACAAAUACUCUGGCUUCCUCCUCCAACCGAUUAAUCAAAGUUGUGGAUAUUCUGGCUCGAAAACUGGUGAUUCGAGACCAGACAGAAAACAUUGCGUUUGAAUCACUUGCUAUGACUGUAACCAAAGCUGAUGGCACUAACUUCAAGACAACAUCAUUUUCGAUCACAGAUCCCUUAAACCCACAGGUGACAAAAGGUCUUCAGAGAGACAGGAGAGCAGUGAGUUCCUCUCCUCUUGGCAAGAUAACACUGCCAGCUUCCCUGACAGAAAAACUCUCUACAGAACAACAAAAGAUGGCUUCCAGAAUUCAGUUCACAUUCUUUCAGAAAAGCACUUUUUUUCAGGAUAAAGUGAAUAAACAAAUUCUUAACAGCCACAUUCUGGGCUCUAGUGUGGCUAACCUUUCCAUCAAAAAACUGAAGGAGAAUGUCGAGUUUACUCUGAGAAAUAAGCAGCCUGUGGCGGGGAACUUUGUUGCUUCAUGUGUAUUUUGGGACUUUGAAACAAAUGGAGGUUCAGGAGGCUGGAGUUCUGACGGCUGUUUUGUCAAGAGCAGCAGUACUGAGAAUGAGACCGUCUGCAGCUGUAAUCACCUAACCAGUUUUGCAGUGUUAUUAGAUAUUAGUCGGCAAGGCAUAACUGACCGUGUGCAGGCCACAAUCCUCACAUUCAUCACUUACAUCGGCUGUGGAAUCUCUGCUAUCUUCAUCGCAGUUACUCUACUCACCUACCUCGGGUUCGAAAAAAUCCGCCGUGACAUUCCCUCCAAGAUCUUGAUUCAUCUGUGUUUCGGUCUGCUCUUUCUGAACCUGGUGUUCCUGGUGGACUCGUGGCUGGCUCUGUAUCCGAAUGCCGUAGGCCUGUGCAUUUCCACAGGAUUUUUCCUGCACUACUUCCUGCUGGUCUCCUUCACCUGGAUGGGUCUGGAGGCUCUCCAUAUGUACCUGGCCGUCGUCAGGGUCUUCAACAACUACAUGACCAGAUACAUGCUCAAGUUUUCCUUGGCGGGAUGGGGAAUCCCAUUGGUUGUUGUUAUCAUUGUGAUUGCUAUAAACGAGGACAACUACGGCAUUGUGCAUUAUGGGAGAUAUGCGGAUGGAACUACAGGUGAUUUCUGUUGGCUGGAAAACGACACGGCAUUCUACGUAGCUGUGGUGGCGUAUUUCUGCGUGAUAUUUGUGUGGAACAUGUCCAUGUUCGUGGUGGUGAUGGUGCAUCUGAUACGAAUCAAGCGGCAAAAUCCCCACAAUAAUCUGUACCGGAGCGGAUUGCAAGAACUGCGGAGAAUUGCGGGACUCACGUUUCUGCUGGGUCUCACCUGGGGCUUUGGCUUCUUUGCGUGGGGACCCGUCAACUUGGCUUUCAUGUAUCUGUUUGCCAUCUUAAAUUCCCUGCAGGGCUUUUUUAUUUUCGUGUUCCACUGCGCUCUAAAGGAAAAUGUCCGUAAACAGUGGAGAAUGUACCUCUGCUGCGGCAGACUACGAUUGGCUGAAAACUCAGACUGGAGUCGAACAGUGACACACAACCAGCACACCAAGAAAUCUUCCAUACUCACAUCAGCGUCCUCUGAUUCAGAGCACCACAGCGCCCCCCGCAGUUCAGUGAGCAGCGAUGAAUCAGUGCCAUCCAACGGCAUCGGCUCACCGGUGGAUGAUAGUUUGAUCACGUUUGGGGAAUCAAACGGCGAUGUGAUUCACAACGAGAUGAGCAGUCAACUCCGUUCACGACUCAGAUCUGCGUAGUGUUCGGAGUGGAACAGGAAACCAUUGGGGUGACGAAAAAUUGAAGCAAGAGCAAGGACUAAUGGGAGCCAAUGGUCAAAAAUAUUACUGGGAAGUGUGGAAACUUUAUAUUGGAUAUUGUAUAGAUAUUUAUAUUGUAGUUCAAGGGAUUUAUUAAAGGACUCCUGUAUAUUUUCAAAACACAGUAUUAAAACGGCACUAACACACGCGGUUUCUGCCAAUCUCAUAUUAAUCUUGAGUACCAAUAGAGUUGUACUGCAUACUUCGUAUCUUCGAAGAGUAUUUAGUUUGAUCAUAUUUAUAAAAGAUAGAUACAGCUGUACGAUUAUUUCUGAAAUCAUACGGCGCGUGCGGGGGGGAGGGGUAGGCUGAACUAAAGCACAUUGCCAACAAAACACAGACAUCAGUUUCACUCACUGCACGCGGUUCAUGUCCGGCAUCUUUUAGCGCUGGGACGGCUCCAUACAUCAGUUUCAAACUAUCUCCAAAUCAAGCGUCAUAUCCACUGUUUAUAUAACAUUCAUCACCCAAAUGCAGUGAACAAACAAACACAUGAACUUCGCGAACGUAUUCUCUCUCUCUCUCUCUCUCUCUCUCUCUCUCUCUCCUACACACGAGUGAAAGUGACGUCUGCGCAUGCUCCUUCUCCUGCUCUCCUUGCUGCCGCGUGCUUUUCCGGGAGAAUUGUCCAAUAAGGGACUAAGAAAAAUUGUUACGAAACAGUUUUAUAUGUUCGAAAAAAACUUUCUGAAACCUGUAGGAUCGCUGGGGGACUGUAUCAAGCACAGAAAUACUACGUAAUACGCCCAAGUCGUUUUUUGACAAGUUGACCAUGUUAAGCAUGAGAAGACGGCACGUUUGACAUUGUAAAGUCAGAAUGCACGACACACCGUUGCAGCACCCCUUUAAAAACCUCCUCUUCAUGAUAUAGGCCUAGGCUAUGCUAAAACAAAAGAUUUCAGUACUUAUGAAAAAAAUAUGUACUGUAUGAAGUUAUAUGUUUUAAGGAAAAAUGAUUUUAUUUUACUUUUAUAACUGACUUAAAAUCACACUAAGCAAAAAAUUAAUAUCAUUAUUUGUUAAUCUUGUACAGUCGUUAUAGUGUAAUAUUAUCAAUGUUUGUACCAGUAAGAGGCACUGUACAUGUAAGUUUUAUUUGUGUAAUGAAAAUAAAAAAUAUAUUUAAAAAAACACACGAAGCAGACAUGAGAGACUUCUUUAUAUGAGGUUGAUUUUUUGUAGUCAUUUGUAGUCCUCUCAUCUGUAGUGUGUUGGAAGAACGUGCAAAAAUUAUUGAAAAAAAUAUAAAAUGUUAGCCCCUUUGUUUUGUAUCUAUAUGAAGGAAGUCACCUUAAAUCGUUUUUUUUU